AUGGGGGACAAGACGAAGAGGAAGAAGAAGGGCAAAAAGGACGACGACAGGGUGACUUUGAAAAAGGAAAUUGGACUUUUGAGCGCGUGCGCAAUCAUCAUCGGAAACAUCAUCGGUUCAGGCAUCUUCGUGUCCCCCAAAGGCGUCUUGGAGCAUGCCGGCUCAGUCGGACUGUCGCUCAUCGUGUGGGUGUGUGGAGGAGGGAUCUGUGUGCUGGGUUCCAUGUGCUACGCCGAGCUGGGCGUCACCAUUCCCAAAUCGGGCGGAGACUACUCAUACGUGACGGAGAUCUUCGGCGGGCUCGUCGGAUUCCUGUUGCUAUGGAGCGCCGUGCUAAUCAUGUAUCCGACCACGCUGGCUGUCAUCGCUCUCACUUUCGCCAACUAUGUGCUUCAGCCGGCUUUCCAAAACUGCGUGACGCCAUACGCCGCCACCCGGCUGCUGGCCACCAUCUGCGUCCUUUUCCUGACAUGGGUGAACUGCUACAGUGUGCGCGGGGCAACAAGAAUCCAGGAUGUGUUUACGGUGGGGAAACUGCUGGCUCUGGUUCUCAUCAUCGUUGUGGGACUGGUUCAAAUCGGCCGAGGAUACUACGAUGCUCUGGUGCCUAGCGUGGCCUUUGAGUUCAGUCAAGAACCAUCCGUGGGCCAGAUAGCGCUGGCUUUCUUGCAGGCGUCCUUCGCUUACAGUGGCUGGAACUUCCUCAACUAUGUCACGGAGGAGGUGGUUGAGCCACGCAAGAACCUGCCCCGCGCCAUUUACAUCUCCAUCCCCUUGGUGACGCUAGUCUACACAAUGACCAACAUUGCUUAUUUCACCUCCAUGACCCCCGAGGAGCUUCUGGCAUCCAAUGCUGUGGCAGUGACUUUUGGUGAAAAGCUGCUGGGUAUGUUCUCUUGGGUAAUGCCCAUUUCCGUGGCCCUGUCUACCUUUGGCGGCAUCAACGGCUAUUUAUUUACCUCUUCCAGGUUGUGUUUCUCAGGAGCCAGGGAGGGACAUCUGCCAUACUUGUUGGCAAUGAUCCACCUUAAGAACUGCACUCCCAUCCCUGCCCUGCUUGUCUGCUGCUUUGCCACCAUCGUAAUCCUGUGCAUCGGUGAGACGCACAACCUGAUCAACUAUGUGUCCUUCAUCAAUUAUCUCUCGUACGGCGUCACCAUCGCCGGCCUGCUCUACCUCCGCAAAAAGAAGCCGGACCUGAUGCGGCCAAUUAAGGUCAACUUGCUAAUCCCCAUCGCUUACAUGCUGUUCUGGGUCGUGCUCCUAUGCUUCAGCCUGUACUCUGAGCCAGUGGUGUGCGGCUUGGGAAUGGUCAUCAUGCUUACCGGUGUGCCCGUCUACUUUGUGGGUGUCUGGUGGAAAAACAAGCCCAAGUGGAUUUACCGAAUCACAGAGAAAGUGACGUACAUGGGCCAGAAGGCAUGUUACGUGAUGUUCCCUCAGGAGGAUCCGGCAGAGGGUGAACCACUCACAUCUGACAAAGACAGAGACUAA